AUGAAGUCUCCCAGCCCUGGAUCCUAUGCGCUUUUUGCACUGACGCUCCUGGCAGGUCCUCCCUGUGCGCAUGGCCUCGACCGCAUGGACUACGACCGCCACUACUACUACCACUUGCCUAACUGUGCCUCUGCCAAAUUUCAGUCCGAGGCUCGUGCCCAAGAGUCCGAGCGUUUGGUUCACAGCCUCCAGAGCGAGGUUGAUGCCCGUGCCAAGGCCGCAGAAGGCGACAUUCAGAAGAAACAGGAGGAGCUCUCGAAACUUGAAGACGAACUGGUCGCCGAGAAGGAGAAGUACAAGGCUCUCAGCGAGGAACUGGAGUCCACCUUCGCAGAACUUACUGGCAACUAG